ACUUGCGAGGCUCUUAGUGUGAAGCGACGGAUCCCGCAGGAGCCCGCGAAGCACCGCGCAGCUCCCGCCGGCGGAAGGGCUGGCGUGGGCCGUUGCCUGGUAGCGGCGGGGCCGGCCUUGCCCUCCCCGCUGAUCGGGGAUGAGGGCAACCGACUGGUGCCUGAGCUCGGCGGGGGCUGCCCUGGUCCUGGCCACCUCCAGCGACGAGCACCACCCCGCCGAGAACAUGGUGGACGGAAGUUCAGAAACGUUCUGGAUGACAACGGGCAUGUUCCCACAAGAAUUCAUUAUUGGUUUUCCCAAAUGUGUAAAAAUCAGCAAAGUCACAAUCCAGUGUUACUUGGUGCGGACCUUAAGGAUUGAAAGAAGUGUAUCUAAAGACCCUGUAGGUUUUGAGCAGUGCAUUGAAAAAGAUUUGCAACACACAGAAGGGCAGCUUCAAAUGGAAGAAUUUCCACUUCCUGAUUUCCAAGCCACUUACUUGCGUUUCAUCAUCAAAUCUGCCUUUGAUCAUUUUGUGUCAGUGUACAGGGUGAUGGCAGAGGGCACACCAGAAAACACUUAAGGCCAGCUUAAAUUUAUACUUCAAAUUUUUUUAUAAAGAAGUUAUAUUUUGACAUCGUUGGCACAGAGAAUAUUUAUUAUUAAAACCUUGCAUUAAAGUGGUUUUUGAAGGUGCGGAUGUAGUAUGUAUUCCUCACCAGUUUAAUGUAUGUAAUGCAGUACUCUUGUUAAUUGCAGUAACAGCUUUCUAGUUUUAUAACCUAGACUGUUGCUGUAGAACACUUGAACAUAUCUGAGUCCAUUUAAAUUAGUAUGUUUAUAUCAGGCUUUCUUAAUAUAUGAAUUAAAACUCUAUUUCCUGUAAAAUGUUUCCCUUGCACUCUGAAUUAAAUAGAAAAAAAAGUGUGGAAUACUUAAA